AUGGAUAAGGGCAGGGAAAUCGUGGUCGUUGCUCACUCAUGCGGCUCGCUUCCCGGCAUUGCGAUAUGUCAAGGUCAGUCUCUGCAGGGGCGCGCAAAAAACGGGAAGAUCGGCGGCAUUCGAUCGAUUAUUCUCGUUGCGGCAGGCGCCGUCACAAAACGAGGAUUCGGGAGUUUGGGAUCCUUUCACCAUGCCAUGCAGACCGGGUCUGAUGCAUGGCCUCCGUAUCUAGAACCAAGGGCCGACGGUCUCGCUCACUCGACCAGUGCUGCAAGAUCAGCUUUCUACAGUGACAUUGCGGAUGAGGAGGCAGUGAGACUGAUGGCUGAUCUGAAGCCGACGUCAACGGCAGCCUUGACUGAGCCGAUGAACCAGUACGCCGGCGAGGAUUUGACUAUACCUUCAUUUUAUGUGAUUUGCAGCGGGGAUCUAGCCAUUCCUCCAGACUUCCAGCGUUUUGUAUGCGAUCAAAUUCCCGGUAUGAAGGGCAAAGUCUUCGAGUCUGGUCAUAGCCCAUACUUGAGCAUUCCGGAUCAGUUUGUCGGAUUUGUCAACGAAUGCGUGCAUGCCAUUGAUGGACCUGCAUAG